UUUGCAAUUUGCCAGAGCCAAACGGAUCAACAGGAAACACAAGAGGAAGUUUGCUGUCUUUCUUUUUCUGAGAACACUCACGCUGACUGCUUGAAUUAAAUUAAUUGACAAAAGAAUGCUUGUUGUUUGCUAGAUCAUUUUUGACUGUUUUCAUGGACUUCCUACUUUAUACUAAACUCUCUGGAACAUCAUCCAGCAAACACUGCAGCAUGAUUUGACAAAAGCAGAAGAGGACUGGGUGUUUUCUUCUUCUUCUUUUUUUCGACGUUCUUGUUUUUUUCUGACUUUUUGGUUUCAUUAGUUAAUGUCUCUCCUCAACCAAACUGUGAGAGUGUGACAUCUUCUACUUCUCUCCACUGAUCACAAACCCGAAGCCUGGCUUCCUCUUUCGCUACCCAGCACACAACCGCAGCACACAACUAUCCAGGCCUUUAGAAUCAAGGCACUAACUAUUCUUUUUCCUGGUUGUUGUGGGGACUGUCUUGAGGAUACGACUGCUCAGUAGCAGCUUGCUACUUCACUUAUCUCUGGUCGUAAGGAUUCUCCAACAAAUAUUCGACAUUUCUACAUAUAUCUUGAUUUCUGCCGAGUGAGAAGACGGAAGGGAAAGAUGAGUUUUGACAGACUUCCUUCCAAGGCGGAGGUCAUGGGCUGGAGCCAACAUCACCUGGCUGACUACAUGAAGAAGAUGAACCUAUCUGGCUGUGAUAAAGUCAUAAUUAACAACUCUAUAAACGGCUCCAGAUUCCUGAACAUGAGUGAAAAUGACCUUCAAAAAUUUCCGAAAGUUCAUGCUCCGUUGAUUUCUAAAAUCUGCCUUGAGAUCAGCAGAAAGGAGGAGAAGAGAGGACUGUUUGGUAAAAAGUCAACUAUCCCUAAGUACCGUGAACCAGAAUCUCCAAUAGAGGACCAGUGUUGGGGUCCAGAUGAGUUUGACGGCAGUGAAGAUGAUGACUAUGAGAGCCCUGACGAUGGCGAUGGGGACAGUGUGGGAGAUUAUGAGUCUCCCACAGAGGAGGGCUCUGGCUGCAUUGAGGACGACUAUGAGCCUCCGCCCUGUGAGUCGGACGACUCCACCAAAAUGAUUGCCCCUCAGCUUCCUAUUGGAGAGAGCGACUACAUUGACAACCGUAGAACAUCGCAAUGCCAGCCUCCUGCCCUCCAGCCACGUCCCGGACACGGCCCCAUCCUGCCAGCUGCUCCCCGCCCCACUCUGACAGAGCCCACCCCACCCAGAAGAGAGCUAUCCCCCCUUCGCCAGGGCAGACCCCCCACCAGGGGUCCCAUCGGCUAUGCAGCCCCUCAGGUGGACCGCAGCAAGAAGCCCUCUGUAGUCUCCAGAAGGAUGAACAGCACCUCACCGUCACAAGCACGAAGACCCAGCGCUGUUGAUAGGCCUGUUAUACAGUCCCAGUCCUGGAGAUCCCCUGCAGAGGAAAGAGGGCUUCCAGAGCCCCCCAGGGUGGCCAAGCCCCCCCUGCCAGCCCCCAGCGUUAACCGAAGCAGCUCUUCUGUAUGCAGGGGCCUUAACAGGUCCCCAGUAGAGGAGAGGGGGGCUCUCGAGCCUCCCAGGGUAGCAAAGCCCCCCCUGCCGGCUACCAGCAUCAACCGGAGCAGCUCUUCAGCAGGCAGGGGCCUCAUCCCCAACAGAUUUGGGCUCAACUCUAGGACUGAGGUGCAAGACGAAGCCAUCCCAGCUUUUAACUCCCACACGUUUCCACUCAAAUCCCGGGGUAUGGUCUCCAUGCCAGGUCCACCUGGAGCCCCUCCCACAGACAGCCUACCUCCCAGUCUGAAUCUCACAGGUUCCCUCCCGCACAAACUACAGGAAGCCAUCAGCUCUCACCGGAACAGCGCCAGGAUUAGUUCAGAGAGACAGCUGACUCCUCUCCGGCCCCCAUUGCAGCCCUCCUACCCCCCACCAGCAGACCUGGGCCGCUCAGAGGACAUGGACCCUAUCUGGUACAUGAGCCAAGUGACGCGAGGCAAAGCAGAGAGCUGUCUGAGGCAGGUCAACAAGGAUGGAGCAUUCCUCGUGAGGGACAGCUCUAAGGGCUCGAUGGAGCAGCCCUAUACCCUGAUGGUUCUCUACCAGGACAAGGUCUUUAACAUCCAGAUCAAACGCACACACGACGAGUACCUACUAGGCACAGGGCUGAAGACCUCUGAGACCUUCCCUUCAGUGUCCGACAUAAUCAGCCACUACCAACAGACACCUCUGCUCUUGAUCGAUUCCAAGAACCGCGGGUCAGGCCAGCAGAACCAUUGCGCUCUCAUGUACCCUGCAGGGUACUAACCAGCUUUGACCUAUAUGGACCAGCAGAACCAACCAGAUCCAGACUGAGUCGUCCAUGACACAGUCAGGCAGGAUGGGCCAGUAGAUAUCACAAAAAUCAUUUUGAGGGACUGAGGGAAACGUGAUGAACUUUACUGAAGUGUUUUAAUUGAUUAUCAUCAUUAUGUUCAUUUUAGUGGUUGAUGUCUUCAUGUGUGUGUAAAUACCAAGUAAUGGUUGGAUGUAACAGAGGGAACUAGCUAGCUAUGUUGUUGCUAAGGUUUUAAGUGUGAAGGUACCAAACAGAACCGAGUAUAAAUGGGACAAGUUCUCUCUUAGGUUGUCUGUGUUGGGGUGGAUUUAGUUUUAAUGUAUAUUUAUUAGAUUGUGGAGAGAGCAUUUGGCUGAUUAUACAGCUGUAGAGUUAGCAACCUUCUGUAACCUUCUGGUUAUGGAACUCCACAGUCUCUGCCCUGAACUGCCCAGUAAUAUAAGUGCAGAGAGGAUGAGCUGUGGCUGAUUUGCAUAUGUCCUGUGGUAAUUGAGGAGUUUUUUAGGGCUCAUGAGGGACUUCCUGCUGACAUCUGGCCUAUGGCCGUAAUCAGAGUUAACCAAGUAAAGAGAAUGGUGUGCUGCCACUAGCAAGCAGUCUAACCAUGGGGGUUUAAUGGUGACAAAGUUGGUGUUAAUAAGAUCCCUCGUCCCUAAGAUAAACAAUUUCAUUUAUAUUCUUUUAGCCUUUAAAACUUCCUGUUGUCUAAUAUAGAGAGGAAUAUACUGUAAAUCUGCAGCCUGUUACUAUCUGACAUCAUAUAUUUAAACUUUUACAUUGUAGCGCUGCUUAUGUAAGACAAUUGUUUUAAUCAUGGGCAUUGUUUAAUACUGGAUGGUAAUAAAAAAAACAGGAUUGAUCUUAAUAUACUAAUUGUAUGCAUCUUAUCAUGUUUAGUCAUCACAUCUGUUAAGUUAUCGGUACACCAGAUCUCCCUUGUAGGGUAUUUGACACAGUAAGUGCAGACAGGUGUAGAUGUUGAGAACUCUUGACAGCAAUUUGGUUGGUUGGUUUGAUGUUUUUUUGUACUUUUCUUUUCAUUGUAGUUCAUACAAAAAUACAGUGUAUGACAAAUCUAU